UUGGAGUGGCCUAGCUGAGAGGACAAAUUGGUUGGGGGACCAGUUUCUCCAACGGAACCUUUGCUUAGGCCCUAGUUUGAAUGUUUUCCAUCUUUUGGGCAGGCCCCACAGCAGGCUCCCCUGCCUCAUCUCAAAUUUUAGUUACUCUACCGUCCCCUAGAGCUGUCCAUCUUAAGGGUGUGGUGGAGGGAUCUGGAAGCUAACCCUAGUUUAGCCUGCACCUGAGCUUCUAACAUCAGACUGUAAUCUGACUUCAAUCUACUUCCUCCCGUUUCAAACACCUGUCUAACUGGGUGUUGUUUUCUCCAUUUGAGGGAGGGGCACCCUUGCUGAUGCUCCCACCUCUGCUUGAAAAAGGAGAUUAGGUGAGUGGGAGUGGGUGCCCGGUGUUGAUGUUCCUUGCUUGGUGUCUUGAGGAUGCUAAGUGUCAGAUGGGUCUUGCUUGCUCUUCUUGGCUGUCCUGGGGGGUGCUUUGCUGCCUGCCUGCCUGUCUUCUUGGGUGUUUUAACUCCACUUCUGCCUGGUGAUACCCCUCAGGUCAGGACACCCCAGAGUGUGUUUAGAGACCCUCUCCCACAGAGCAAUCCCUGGGACUAGAUAUACAAUCACCAUCAUAUAUCUUGGGAUAGUUAACAGCAAACAGAGUUGUAGGUUCCAGACCCAGGCCAGGCAGGGCUGGAUGCUGCUUGUCUAUCACCAGGAGGUGGGCUCCAAUCCUGAUAGGCUCCUGGAUCCAGGCCGGGCGUUUCUUCUCUCCUUCCUGGGCUAUGGGCAGGGAGAUGGUUCAGGACUAGAGGUGGGUAGAUGAUUAUUCCCACCUGAGCUGGACACUGGCCAAGGGUGGGGAGGGUGACCUCAGAGGAGCCUCAGGCUGCCCCUCCUCACAUCUUCAUCUCUACCCAGCCCGCACCCCUUACUCCCAGGCUACCUGUAGGUUGGGAAGUCAGGGAUGGAAGGCAGAGGCAGGUUGUUUGUGCUCCUUCUUAGCCAGGAAGUCCUGUGGAUGAGUCAAGGUUGAAUGGAGAGCCUGGGGCAUAGCUGUCCCGCCCCGCCUUGACUCACCUGUCCCCCAGAUCCCUUCAUGCCCUCAUGGAAGGGUCAACCCUGGUGGAGGGAACCCUGGGUGUCCUGGGUAGCCUCACAGUCCCGGUGAGGAUGUCUGGAGAAUAGGCAGGCUGCUGGGAUUGGCAUUUUGUCUGAGCCCUGCCAAGCUCAGCACCAAGGGUUUGCUGGUUCCUGCAGAGUAGGGGCUGGAACUCCCCCAUCCCAAGAUCUCUUUGCCCGGUCUUUCCUGUCCUCACUUGUCUCUGUACCCGUGGGCGCUAAGGCAUAGGUGACACUCUGGUGUGUAUGCCAGGUGCUUUCAGACCAGGGAAAGGCUAAGACAGGUGCACAGUAAUGGGGGCAGAGUUCCCAGCUCAGGGCUGAGUGUGGCAAGGCCAAGAGGAUUUCUCUUAUCUAGGAGGUGACUUUAGCAUUGAGGCUUCUGCUAGGCCUUCUGCUCCCACCACAACUUGAGCACACUGUCCUGCCCUCCUGAUUCUUGCCCUUCUUCCCCACCCCCCUCUCUCGGUAUCACUCAUCACGCAGCCAGGUGCUACCACAACAGGCUUGACAACCGCAUCUGGCAAUGAGGUACCGAACGACAAAGCGCCUGGAAAAUCUGGGACAGAGCCCAGUAAAAUAAGCAACCUUUGCCUUGGCCCAGUGGCUGUAGCUAAGGGGCGUGAGGCACGGAGCCAGCCCCAACCUUCCCGAGCUGCUUUUGCUGGAGGCUGAACACUGGCUUUGGAGUCCCAAGCACUGGCCUGACAACCACUGGGUGCCAUGGAACUGGAUCUGAGCCCGACUCAUCUCAGCAGCUCCCCAGAAGAUGUGUGCCCAACUCCUGCUACCCCUCCUGAGACUCCUCCGCCCCCUGAUAACCCUCCGCCAGGGGAUGUGAAGCGGUCGCAGCCUUUGCCCAUCCCCAGCAGCAGGAAACUUCGAGAAGAGGAGUUUCAGGCAACCUCUCUGCCUUCCAUCCCCAACCCCUUCCCUGAGCUCUGCAGCCCACCUUCACAGAAACCCAUUCUUGGUGGUUCCUCCGGUGCAAGGGGGUUGCUUCCUCGAGACUCCAGCCGCCUCUGUGUGGUGAAGGUGUACAGUGAGGAUGGGGCCUGCCGGUCUGUGGAGGUGGCAGCGGGCGCCACAGCUCGUCACGUGUGUGAGAUGCUGGUACAGCGAGCUCACGCCCUGAGCGACGAGAGCUGGGGACUAGUGGAAUCCCACCCCUACCUGGCACUGGAGCGGGGUCUGGAGGACCAUGAAUUUGUGGUGGAAGUGCAGGAGGCCUGGCCUGUGGGUGGAGACAGCCGCUUCAUCUUUCGUAAAAACUUCGCCAAGUAUGAACUAUUCAAGAGCCCCCCACACACCCUGUUCCCAGAAAAGAUGGUCUCGAGCUGUCUGGAUGCACAAACAGGCAUAUCCCAUGAAGACCUCAUCCAGAACUUCCUGAACGCUGGCAGCUUCCCUGAGAUCCAGGGCUUCCUGCAGCUGCGGGGAUCAGGCCGGGGGUCAGGUCGAAAGCUUUGGAAACGUUUCUUCUGCUUUCUGCGUCGAUCUGGCCUCUACUACUCUACCAAGGGUACCUCCAAGGACCCCAGACACCUACAGUAUGUGGCAGAUGUGAAUGAGUCCAAUGUCUAUGUGGUGACCCAGGGCCGCAAGCUGUAUGGGAUGCCCACUGACUUCGGCUUCUGUGUCAAGCCCAACAAGCUUCGAAACGGCCACAAGGGGCUCCACAUCUUCUGCAGUGAGGAUGAGCAGAGUCGGACCUGCUGGCUGGCUGCCUUCCGGCUCUUCAAGUACGGGGUACAGCUAUAUAAGAAUUAUCAGCAGGCCCAGUCUCGUCACCUGCGCCUAUCCUAUUUGGGGUCUCCACCCUUGAGGAGCGUCUCAGACAAUACCCUAGUGGCUAUGGACUUCUCUGGCCAUGCGGGGCGUGUCAUUGAUAACCCCCGGGAAGCUCUGAGUGCCGCCAUGGAGGAGGCCCAGGCCUGGAGGAAGAAGACAAACCACCGUCUGAGCCUGCCCACCACAUGCUCUGGCUCGAGCCUCAGCGCAGCCAUUCAUCGCACCCAGCCCUGGUUUCAUGGACGCAUCUCUCGGGAGGAGAGCCAGCGGCUAAUUGGACAGCAGGGCCUGGUGGAUGGUGUGUUCCUGGUCCGGGAGAGCCAGAGGAACCCACAGGGCUUUGUCCUGUCCUUGUGCCAUCUGCAGAAAGUCAAGCAUUAUCUCAUUUUGCCAAGCGAAGAUGAAGGUUGCCUUUACUUCAGCAUGGAUGAGGGCCAGACCCGUUUCACAGACCUGCUGCAGCUGGUAGAAUUCCACCAGCUGAACCGAGGCAUCCUGCCCUGCCUGCUGCGCCACUGCUGUGCCCGUGUGGCCCUCUGAGGCCGCACAAGCUACUGCAGCCAUGGGUUUGCCUACCACCUUUCUGUUCUGUGGACUCGGUGCAGGUGGGUGGGGUGGUAAACAGUGGAAGAGCUCCUCCCCCCAAUUUUAUCCCAUUUUUUAAAAACCUCUCUCAACCAGUGAAACAUCCCCUAAACCUGUCCAUCCCUGACUCCUGUCCCCAAGGGAGGCAUUGUGGUCCUGUCCCCUUGGUAGAGCUCCUGAGGUACUGUUCCAGUGAGGGGCAUUAUGAGAGGAGCGGGGCAGCCCAGGAGGUCUCAUACCCCACCCGUAAUCUGUACAGACUGAGAGGCCAGUUGAUCUGCUCUGUUUUAUACCAGUAGCAAUAAAGAUUAUUUUUUGAUACA